GCAUUGUUAAUGGUUCAACCUUUUACAUGGCGAUGGAGUACCUCAGCGGGGGUAGCCUGCGUGACCGCUUAAAGACUGAAGCCUUUACACCAGCAGCGGUGCUGCAAAUCCUGCGGCAAUUGGGGGCAGGGUUGGAAUACGCGCAUCAGCAGGGCUUUAUCCACCGUGACAUCAAACCGGAAAACAUUCUGUUCCGUAAGGAUGGCACGGCGAUCCUGACCGAUUUCGGCAUUGCCAAGGUACAGGAUUCUACCGGGGACAUGACCCGUAUGGGGUUAACGGCAGGUACGGCACAGUAUAUGAGCCCUGAGCAGGCAAUGGUGGGCAAACUGGAUUACCGUUCUGACCUGUACAGUUUGGGGCUGGUGGUGUUUGAAAUGCUCAGCGGGGAAAAGGUUUGCAAGGCAGACAGCUUCGCGCAGGCGGUAUACCAGCAUACGACCCAGCCCCUGCCAGCUUUGCCGUUUGCCUACCGGAUAUUCCAGCCGGUCAUGCAGAAAGUGUUGGCAAAGCAGCCAGAGCAGCGUUACGGC